UAACUCUGCAUACACAAAUAUAGAUAGUAGUUAUCUUAAUAAUACAUAACACAAUAUUCAAGUUCACAUCCAUAAUUUAUGAUUGUUGACUGUUGACUGUUGUCGUUCUCGUUGUUUAAAAUUAACGAAUACCUGCGUUGAAAACCGUAAAACUUGAAUCGACGAUUAGCAGGUAUUAAGUACAUAAUAAUAUUCAUCAUUUACUACGAGAUUCUUGCAUUCCUCUCCACCAAUACGGGCUGACGAGAGCGUUUUCGAUUUCUUUUGCAUCCGCUGCAAUAAAAUUAUAUUAUGAAACCCUAAUCUUCCGUCUGCUGUGUUGAAUAUAACUACUGUCAAACAAGACGGGCAUAGAAAUAAAAAUGGCUUCGCCGGAAUCAAAACGAAUAAGACUCUCUUCUCAAGAUGUAGAAAAUAUAGCAAAUGACAAUGAAGUACAAACUAAUAUAGUUCUUAAAAUACCAAAUGGUUUAUGUUACAAGAAAUUUGAUGAAAUGCGAAGUAAUAAACAAUUAUGUGAUAUAAAAAUUAUUGCCAAAAAUGGUGCAGAAAUAUGGGCUCAUAAAGUUGUUCUGGCAGCCAAUAGUGAAUAUUUUAAUAUUAUGUUUAAUAGUAAAUUUAAAGAGUCUAAAGAAUUAGAAAUCCAGAUUCAAGAAUUAGAUCCAAAUGUAUUGAGUUUGUUAAUAGACUUUAUUUAUUCAUCGGAGUUAGUUGUAAAUGAACAAAAUGUCCAAGAAAUUUUAAAUGGAAUCUGUUUGUUGCAAUUGGAUGAAUCAAUCUGCUGUGAAUGCAUUGAUUACAUUAAAUCAAGAAUUGAUCCUGCAAAUUGUUUAGGUAUGAAAGAAAUGGCUGAAUGUCUUGGAUUAAGUGAUUUUUAUACAUUCUGUUUGAAUUACACUUUAGUUAACUUUAAACAAGUAUACAAAAAUGAAGAAUUUUUGCUGAUUACUUUUGAUAAAAUAUUACAAUUGAUUAAAAGUGAAGAUCUGUGUGUAAAUGAUGAAAAGGUGUAUAAAUCUGUAAUGAAAUGGAUCAAGUAUGACAGAGAAAGUCGUUGUAAACAUUUACCAGAUUUAAUGAAAUAUGUACGGUUACCAAUUGUUUCCUCGACAUUUUUUGAGUGUACUGUUGAUAAAGAACCACUUUUGAAAUUUAAUAACAAUUGUAGAACAUAUUUAAAUGAAGCUUAUGCUGUUCAUUCUGUCCUUGGUACUGAGUUUGAAGCACCAAAUUCUAUCCGUACUCAAUAUCGCUCAAAUUAUUCAGAAUAUGUUUUGCUUAUGAGCAAACGUGGAAAACCCCAUCUUCCUCUUUUGUAUAACAUAGUCACAAAUCAGUGGAGAACUUUACCAACAAUUAUACCACUAGAUUCAUUAGGUUUAACUAUUUUGCUUGAUGAUGGUCGCUUCUUUAAUCUUGGUGGUGUUGAUUGUGAUUUAAUUCAAGAUUUUAAUAAUUAUGAAAAUUAUCAUUAUGAUAUGCUAUUCCUUAAAUCUGGUUAUAUUUCUGAUGCAAACUCAAGAAGAUGGAAACCAAUUCAACAAAUGCAUAAAAGCCGAUCUAAAUUAAAAAUUGCUCAGAUUGAUAGUCGUAUUUAUGUGGUAGAUUCUUAUCACAGUGAAUACUAUAAUAUUGAAUGUAAUAAAUGGUUUAAAAUAUCUUCUUUAAAUAUAUUUCGAACUAAUUAUAGAGUUGUCGCUCUCAAUGGAUUUUUAUAUGCUGUUGGAGGACAUGUUAAAAAUUACGAAGUUAAGUUUGUAGAACAGUAUGACCCAAAAAUUAAUAUUUGGAAAAGUGUAGCACCAAUGUUACAUGGUAGAAGUGCCCCAACACUUUGUGCACUGAAUGGUUGUAUGUAUGCUAUAGGAGGAAAACAAUUUUUUGGUCAUUAUUUGACUCUAGUGGAAAAAUACGAUCCUUCAACUGACUCUUGGGUUGAAGUGGCCAAGUUAAACUAUAACAGGUCCAAUGCAGGUGCUGUGGCUGUGAAUGGACUAAUUUAUGUGUUUGGAGGUAUUCGUAGCAAUUUCACAAUCGAAGUUUAUUGUCCGUACAAAAACACAUGGACAGUGUUGUCGUCAAAACUACCAAAAUCUCUCGAUAUAAAUGGUUCCUGCAUUGCAUUCAACGUCAAACGAAACGUUGAAAGUGAAAUAUUUAAGUUAGCUGAUUUGUAAAUAAAUCGAUUAAUAUUAAACUAUUAUUUUUAAGUUUUACUAUUAAAUUUUACCAUUGAUUGUAAAAACACUGAUUAAGUGCUUUCAAUUAUAUGAUUUGUUGUUGUCACAAAUAAAAAAUUAUUAUAUUUUA